AAUGUGUUUUUCUUAUUAUUUAUACUAUUAGUUAACUAUAUAUGCAAUGACAGAAGACUAAGGUACAGGAAAUGCAUACACAAAAGGAUAAUGAGUUUGAUGACUGAAGGCCUUCAAGAGUUCCGUUAGAUAGCAUGCUAUCUAUACUCAUUGUUCUUUUACAACUUGUAAACGCUAUACACAUACAUCUGGUCACCUUGUGUGUCCAACUUUGUCUCAGGAGACACUUCGUAAAAACAUUCAGGUACCAGAUCCCAUGAGACAAAGGUUAACCCACAAUGCAUAUCAAUUUUAUACGUGUACAGUUUUUUGUGUAUAGUAUAAUAAUUGUUACUGGUGGACUAUUAAUUAACUAUGUGGAGUCCUAUUUACCUCUUUUUAUUACGCGUACAUUUCGUUAUGGCAAAUUUUCUGUAAAGGAAUAUCAAUCAAUCUUAAACAGAAUAGAAGUGCCCAAAAAAUGGUUUAAACAUUUUUAUAUGUUUGCUGGACCAGCUUCAAGUUACAUAUUUUAUUUGAUUGUUUAUAAAUAUUUUUGGGAUGGUGACAUACCUAAAAAUGUUAUUUGGGUAUUAAAUAUGCUUCUGGGGUCAUUUAGACAACCACUAGUUUCACCAGAAAGUACAUUUGUGGCUGCCACACUCUUUAGUCUUCAUUGCUGGAAAAGAUUCUAUGAAACACAUUAUGUAACUAUUUUUAGUAAUGCAAAAAUGAAUGUUACUCAUUACUUAGUAGGAUUAAGUCAUUAUAUUGGGGCAUUAGUAUCUAUUAUAGGUGAAUCUAAAGGAUUUGUUGAAGGGUCAGAAGGACAUUUUUCAUGGCAGAGAAUUACAUAUAGUCAGUUAGUAUAUGCAGUUAUUUUUAUAUUAUCAUCAUAUGCUCAAUUGAGGGCAAAUUACAUACUUAGACAUUUACGAAAAACUAAAGAUGGUGAGGUCAAUGCCAAUGCAUAUAAGAUACCAUAUGGUGGCCUUUAUGAAUAUGUGUCAGGUGCAUUGCAAAUUACAGAGAUAAUUAUUUAUGUAACAACUUCCAUAAUUUUGUGGGAAAGUUCCACUUUUCAUUAUAUUACAUUUUGGGUCUUGUCAAACCAGAUUAGUACUGCCGUAUUAACUCAUCAAUGGUAUAUACAGACAUUCCAGAGUUAUCCAAAAUCUCGAAAAAUUUUAAUUCCUUACCUUUUGUAAGUGUUACCGAAAAAUCGGAAUUACGACGAAUUUACCAUACCACCUAGCAAGACGAAUGUUUAUUAUAUAUACGACGAUUAUUUAUUAUAUAUUAUUUAAUAUUUAUAAUUUAUUAUUUAUAUAUAGAAAAUAGGAGCAACAAUUGAAAUAAAAAAUUUGUAUCUUUUAUUUUGGAAUUGUACACAUGUUCAACAUUCUAAACAAUUUGUGUUAUUGAAUAAUGACUAUAAAUAUUAAUUUAUUUUA